AUGGGCGAUAAUUCACAAGAAAUAGUGACACUGGAAUAUAAUUUAUCAACAGUUAUUAUUGAUGGUGAUAAUGGUGUUAAAAACGAUACUGUAGUCAAUGAUGAAUCUAAAACCGACUCACAUGAUGGUAAUGACAAUAGCAAUCUUAAUAGAAAAAAAACAUUCAGUGCUAAAGUUGAAGAUUAUAAAGAUGGUUUGUCAUUAUCAAUGAGAGAAAAAUCAAUGAUAUCAUGUCUGCAUGCUAGUACAAUUAUUAAUGUGUUAAAACAUGAAUCAGCUUGA